UAUCGCCCAAAGGCUAUAAAUAAUCCCGCUGUACUGCCCUCUGUCCGACGCUCUGUGUGCUGCUUCGGUUGCUAAGGAACCACUGAAUGCAGGUGGCCUAAGGAUGAUGGUGGCAUAAGGAGAAAGCUGGUCAGUCUGGCUGGUUGAGGUGUGGAGGGGACACCACAGACCAUGCCAGGAUUCUGACUAAUAAGAUUUCCACUGCCCUCAGUAAAUCUCCUCAUCUCAAUGUCUUUCCUUGGAUUGUAACUACAAUUAUGGUGACGCUUAUAACGGAACAGCUCCGUAAGCAGAGUUUGGAAGAGCCUUAUUACAAGGCUUUCUCAUUCAAUGUGUCAUUACCUGCAGUGGGCUCCAGUCCCACUGUGUCAUGGAGUGCUAGUAAAUCAACACAAGAAACCAGCUCAACUUCACAUCCAUCAUCCAAAGCCAACCUUGAAGAUGAUACCUGUGGACCAGUCUCCUUAUGGCACACUUCUCACUCAGGAGAUUGUCUCCAGAGAUCAGAGGUGUCCUUCAUGGACACGGCUCUCCAAAGCUCCCCUCCACCACCACCUUCAAAACGCCACUGCCGGUCCCUCUCUGUCCCAGAGGACUUGUCUCGAUGCCGCUCCAGCUGGCAUCCUUGUGCAUCCAAGGUUUGGACCCCGGUAAAACGUGGCUGCCAAAGUGGAGGAGCAUCUAGUUCAGGCUCUGGAGCCAGCUCUGUGCCACUUUGUGGCCCAAGUUCCUCCAUCACCUCUUCUUCCCUACACUCAUCUUCAAGCCCCACCUUUUUUAGCUUAGCACUGUCCUCUGACUCUCCACUACCAUGGAGCUUCCCUUGGGACUCCUGUGACAAGCUAAGAGGAACAUAUUCUGCCUCCUUUGCUACUCCUUCCUCUUGCUCUUCCUCACCAGCCCCCAUGGUUUCUCACUCAGUGCUGCAGCGUCGCUUUUCUCUCUCUCCUGUGCAUAUUCAAGAUGGCUCUGUAGUUCUUGUGCCCUCUCAGCCCUCCUUAGCUUCUGCUUUGACUUAUGGCUGUUGUGGCAUGGAGCAACCUGCCCUUUCCCAUUCUCCCACCUCUGCCUGCAGCACACCUCCAUCUUCUAGGCGUCACUUGCAUCCUGCACUGCCACGAUGUCACUCGCAGCCUUGUGACAUGCGUAAACCUCGCUUGAAAAGACGCCACGACCCAGAUGUUCAGCCCUGCCCCAGACCAGGACUUGACUUCAGCAAGAUGACACAGAUUGGUAAUCAUGAAAACCAAGUGUGUGCUACAGGUGGCUAUGUAGCACAAGUGUCUUCCCAGGCAGAACAGCACUCAGCCUUCUCCCCUGCUGAGUUCCUGGGACGAGCCAGCAUUGGGCCACUAAGUGAAAGUGAAGAAGAAGAAGAGGCUGGAGAUAAAAGAAAAAGGGCUGUGGUAGAGGGAGGACAAAAGAUUGUUUUUGAAAGAGAUUGCACAGAACUGGACUUAAAACUUAUAGAAGAGAACUGACAACUUCAUGGUGCUCUCAGCGUGAUUACUGCAUUCAUAACCAUGUUAAGCACCCUGCUUUGUGUGCUCCUAUGGCUAAGAGCUGAAACCUGCCGCAAUAAUGAGGCAAAAAAACAGAGUCCAUAAUCAAGAACCAAGCAAUUAGUAGCUAUUAUCAAAGUACAAUGUAUUAGGGAAAUGUGCAUGAAUAAGUGAGCUAAUUUUAAUGCACAAAGAAUUUGACUAAUACUUCUUCAGUUGUUUGAAACAUUGAUGAUUGGUUUGUAUGAAAAAUGAUACAGUGUUCUCAUCAAAUAACACUACUUUUAUACAGAAGUUAGCAGAAUGUGCUUUAAUAAUUCCUCAUUACUUGUUUGAAAACUUAUUAGAGAAGGAGUUUCAUUGAAUUGAGGUAAGUGGUCCCCUGUGUCCCAUCAGAUCUUGUCAACUUUAAUAUUUGUGUUUCGAGAUUUCAAAAUGACUAAAUAUUAAGAGGUGGACAAGAAAUGUCUUAAUCACAUAUGAAUAUGUAUAAGUAAAGCAGUUUUAACAACUCCAAGAUAAACCCCACACAGGCUCAUAAAUUACAGCUUCUCUUCUGUGUUUAAUUUCAGCCAUUAGAGGCAACUCUUCUUGUUAAAGCAAAAGAAUGGCUUUAUUCAUAUCACAUUAGUUUUAAUAAUACUGAUGAAACCGUAAGCUAAUCAUGCCUUAAGCAUAUAACACAGUUCUCGGCGCUAUGGUCUAUUCUCAGCAACACAUUUUGGCAAUCUGCACUGAUUCAGAUACCUUUCAACAGGUGGCACAUGCACUAUAAUAACAAAAUAACUGAACUGAUGCUGCAGCUGGACUCCAUAGGGCACAAUGUAAACUACUGAGCAGUGGUUAGAGAGAGUACACACAAUGCAAAUCAUGGUUGUAUUUUGAAAGCAGGAGCAAUGCAGAUGAUUUGGUGGCCUUCAAGAAACAAUUUUUCAUGUCUUUUAGAGAGAAAUAUUCCUG